CUAAAACCACCGACGCUGAUACUCAGUGGCACGAGUAUCAUAAUGAUGAAGACAGGUCGUGUAACAUUUAUAGACAGUCUUAAUUAUUUUCACAUGCCUCUGAGUGGUCUGCCAAAAGCCUUCGGUCUCGUGGGCUCUGCUGGUUUGAAACAAAAAGGUGUCUUUCUGCAUCUAUUCAAUACUCCCGAGAAUCAGCACUAUAUCGGUCCUCUACCGCCACUCGAGUUUUAUUCGCCCGAUACGAUGCCGACGGGUCAACGUGAUCAAUUCCUAGCAUGGUAUAACGAGCAACGGUCUGCGGGCUACGUAUUUAACUUUCGAACAGAGUUUAUUGAUUACUGUAGAUCCGACGUCGCCAUCUUCAGACAGGCAUGCGUUUCUUUCCGCGCAAUGUUUCUCCAGCACGGUAGCGUUUGUCCUUUCUCGGAGAGCACCACCAUAGCCUCAGCGUGUUCAAGAGUUUUUAGAAAAAAUUUUUUGCGGGACGAGCAGAUAGCCAUUUUACCACCGGGCGGAUACCGCUACUGCGAGAAACAAUCACGUAAGGCGCUGUUAUGGCUCCUUUCGCUGGAGCACCGUUGGGGUUGUACUAUAGUUCACGCAGGGCGCACUCGAGAGUACCGUCUACCGGAGGGUACGCCCGUCGACGGAUACUACCACGACGCCGAUACAGGCCUGCGACACGUCUUGCAGUUUCAGGGUUGCUUCUGGCACGGAUGCCCAAAAUGUUAUCGCAUAAACAGGGAUACGCGGUUGCACACGGGGGAAUCUAUGGAUGCGCGCUUCGAGAGAACGCUGGCAAUGAGUGAUAAGAUCCGCUAUCUCGGUUACGAAUUGACAGAAAUCUGGGAGUGUGAAUUCGAUAGAUGGAUAAGCGAUCCGGCACAGGCUACAUUAUAUAGAACAUUGAAUGAGAACCCGUUGGUAGCGCAACCACAGCUGGAACCCCGCGAUGCUUUCUUCGGUGGACGUACAGGGAAUACCGUCAGUUUUUACGAAGUCGAGGGUUCUGAGAGGAUACACUACGUGGAUGUGUGCUCGCUCUAUCCCUUCAUAUCGAAAACGGGGAAAUUCCCUGUAGGUCACCCUAGAGUGUAUGUGGGCGAUGAUUGUCGCGAGCUAACGGGUGAUCACAAUAACAUCGAUAGCGUAGAGGGGCUAAUUAAGUGUGUCGUGUUACCGCCGCGAGAUCUGUAUCACCCCGUGUUACCAACGCGCAUGCACGGUAAAUUGCUUUUCGCACUGUGUCAUUCCUGUGCAGAGUCAACGCUACAGGGUUCGUGUCCUCACGAGAAUCCUGAGGAUAGAGUAUUCGAAGAGACAUGGGUUGUGGACGAGGUCAGGCGGGCUGUACGUAAAGGAUAUCAAAUAACGGCGAUAAACGAAAUAUGGCAAUACGAGAUCACUCAGUACGAUCCGACGACGCGGACGGGCGGUCACUUUGCCAGUUACAUAAAUACAUUCCUGAAGAUUAAGCAGGAGGCUAGCGGCUGGCCGCGCGAGUGCAGCUACGAUGAGUCUAAGAAGCUGUAUGUAGAGGAGUACGAUCGGGUCGAGGGUAUUCGACUAGAUUUUGCUAAUAUAAAAUCAAAUCUUGGUCUGCGAGUAGUCGCCAAACUAUGUCUGAAUUUCUUUUGGGGUAAGUUCGGGCAGUGCGAAAAUCGACCUAAAACGGAAAUCGUAACGACUCGUCAGAAGCUCGUGAGUUUGCUUACGUGCCCGGAGGUCGAAAUUACGGGUAUUCUACCCGUAGAUGACGAAGUACUCUACGUCAACACGAGUAGUACGAGCGAAUCGGUGAUACCCACAGCGUACACAAACGUCGUUAUAGCUGCGUACACCACGGCUUAA